ACGACUGCAGCUCCAACAACCACAACACCCGCUCCAACAUCAACAACCACCGCACCAACAACCACGACUGCAUCUCCAACAACCACAACAGCUGCACCAACUGCCACGACUGGAGCUCCAACAACCACAACAGCGGCACCAACAACCACGACUGCAGCUCCAACAACCACGACUGCAGCUCCAACAACCACAACAGCCGCGCCAACAACCACGACUGCAGCUCCAACAACCACAACAGCCGCACCAAUAACCACGAGUGCAGCUCCAACAACCACUACACCCGCUCCAACAACCACAACAGCCGCACCAACAACUACGACUGCAGCUCCAACAACCACGACUGCAGCUCCAACAACCAAAACAGCCGCACCAACAACCACGAGUGCAGCUCCAACAACCACAACGGCCGCACCAACAACCACGACUGCUGCUCCAACAACCACAACAGCCUCACCAACAACCACGACUGCAGCUCCAACAACCACAACAGCCGCACCAACAACCAUGAGUGAAGCUCCAACAACCACAACUACAGCUCCAACAACCACUACACCAGCUCCAACAACCACAACAGCCGCACCAACAACCACAACUACAACUCCAACGUCAACAACCACCGGACCAACAACCACGACUUCAGCUCCAACAACCACGACUGCAGCACCAACAACCGCGACUGCAGCUCCAACAACCACGACUGCAGCUCCAACAACCACUACACCCGCUCCAACAACCACAACAGCCGCACCAACAACCACGACUGCAGUUCCAACAGCCACGACUGCAGCACCAACAACCGCGACUGCAGCUCCAACAACCACGACUGCAGCUCCAACAACCACAACAGCCGCGCCAACAACCACGACUGCAGCUCCAACAACCACUACAUCCGCUACAAUAACUACAACAGCCGCACCAACAACUACGACAGCCGCACCAACAACCACGACAGCCGCACCAACAACCACAACAUCCGCUCCAACAUCCAACAACCAUGACUGCAGCUCCAACAACCACUACACCCGCUCCAACAACAACAACAGCCCUCCAACAACCACAACACCCGCUCCAACAUCAACAACCACCGCACCAACAACCACGACUGCAGCUCCGACAACCACAACACCCUCACCAACAACCACGACUGCGACUACAGCUCCAACAACCACUACACCAACUCCAACGUCAACAACCACCGGACCAACAACCACGACUUCAGCUCCAACAACCACGACUGCAGCACCAACAACCGCGACUGCAGCUCCAACAACCACGACUGCAGCUCCAACAACCACUACACCCGCUCCAACAACCACAACAGCCGCACCAACAACCACGACUCCAACAACCACGACGGCCGCGCCAACAACCACAACGACCGCACCAACAACCACGACUGCAGUUCCAACAACCACGACUGCAGCUCCAACAACCACGACUGCAGCUCCAACAACCACUACACCCGCUCCAAGAACCACGACAGCUCCCCCAACAACCACGAGUGCAGCUCCAACAACCACGACACCCGCUCCAACAACCACGACAGCCUCUCCAACAACCACGACAGCCGCUCCAACAACCACGACUUCAUCUCCAACAAUCACGACUGCAGCUCCAACAACCACUACACCCGCACCAACAACCACUACACCCGCACCAACAACCACUACACCCGCUCCAACAACCACAACAGCCGCACCAACAACCACGACUGCAGCUCCAACAACCACGACUGCAGCUCCAACAACCACGACUACCGCUCCAACAACCACAACAGCCGCACCAACAACCACAACUGCAGCUCCAACAACCACGACUGCAGCUCCAACAACCACUACACCCGCACCAACAACCACGACUGCAGCUCCAACAACCACGACUGCAGCUCCAACAACCACGACAGCCGCACCAAUAACCACGACUGCAGCUACAACAACCACAACAGCCGCACCAACAACCACGAUUGAAACUCCAACAACCAUGACUGCAACUCCAACAACCACUACACCCGCUCCAACAACAACAGCCGCACCAACAACCACAACGACUGCACCAACAACCACGACUGCAGCUCCAACAACCACAACAUCUGCUCCAACAACCACAUCUGCAGCUCCAACAACCACAACAACUGCACCAACAACCACGACUGCAGCUCCAACAACCACAACACCCGCUCCAACAUCAACAACCACCGCACCAACAACCACGACUGCAGCUCCGACAACCACAACACCCUCACCAACAACCACGACUGCAUCUCCAACAACCACAACAGCUGCACCAACUACCACGACUCCGCACCAACAACUACGACAGCCGCACCAACAACCACGACUGCAGCUCCAACAACCACUACACCCCUCCAACAACCACAACACCCGCUCCAACAUCAACAACCACCGCACCAACAACCACGACUGCAGCUCCGACAACCACAACACCCUCACCAACAACCACGACUGCAUCUCCAACAACCACAACAGCUGCACCAACUACCACGACUGGAGCUCCAACAACCACAACAGCGGCACCAACAACCAUGACUGCAGCUCCAACAACCACGACUGCAGCUCCAACAACCACAACAGCCGCGCCAACAACCACGACUGCAGCUCCAACAACCACAACAGCCGCACCAAUAACCACGAGUGCAGCUCCAACAACCACUACACCCGCUCCAACAACCACAACAGCCGCACCAACAACUACGACAGCCGCACCAACAACCACGACUGCAGCUCCAACAACCACGACUGCAGCUCCAACAACCACAACAGCCGCACCAAUAACCACGAGUGCAGCUCCAACAACCACUACACCCGCUCCAAUAACUACAACAGCCGCACCAACAACUACGACAGCCGCACCAACAACCACGACUGCAGCUCCAACAACCACGACUGCGGCUCCAACAACCAAAACAGCCGCACCAACAACCACGAGUGCAGCUCCAACAACCACAACGGCCGCACCAACAACCACGACUGCUCUCCAACAACCACGACAGCCGCACCAACCACCACUACACCCGCACCAACAACAACAACAGCCACACCAACAACCAAAACUGCAGCUCCAACAACCACAACAGCCACGACUGCAGCUCCAACAACCACAACGGCCGCACCAACAACCACGACUGCAGCUCCAACAACCACAACUGCAGCUCCAACAACCACGACGGCCGCGCCAACAACAACAACAGCCGCACCAACAACCACAACGACUGCACCAACAACCACGACUGCAGCUCCAACAACCACAACAUCUGCUCCAACAACCACAUCUGCAGCUCCAACAACCACAACAACUGCACCAACAACCACGACUGCAGCUCCAACAACCACAACAGCCGCUCCAACAUCAACAACCACCGCACCAACAACCACGACUGCAGCUCCGACAACCACAACACCCUCACCAACAACCACGACUGCAUCUCCAACAACCACAACAGCUGCUCCAACAACCACAUCUGCAGCUCCAACAACCACAACAACUGCACCAACAACCACGACUGCAGCUCCAACAACCACAACAGCUGCACCAACUACCACGACUGGAGCUCCAACAACCACAACAGCGUGCAGCUCCAACAACCACUACACCCGCUCCAACAACCACAACAGCCGCACCAACAACUACGACAGCCGCACCAACAACCACGACUGCAGCUCCAACAACCACGACUGCAGCUCCAACAACCACAACAGCCGCACCAAUAACCACGAGUGCAGCUCCAACAACCACUACACCCGCUCCAAUAACUACAACAGCCGCACCAACAACUACGACAGCCGCACCAACAACCACGACUGCAGCUCCAACAACCACGACUGCGGCUCCAACAACCAAAACAGCCGCACCAACAACCACGACUCCAACAACCACAACAGCCGCUCCAACAUCAACAACCACCGCACCAACAACCACGACUGCAGCUCCGACAACCACAACACCCUCACCAACAACCACGACUGCAUCUCCAACAACCACAACAGCUGCACCAACUACCACGACUGGAGCUCCAACAACCACAACAGCGGCACCAACAACCACGACUGCAGCUCCAACAACCACGACUGCAGCUCCAACAACCACAACAGCCGCGCCAACAACCACGACUGCAGCUCCAACAACCACAACAGCCACACCAAUAACCACGAGUGCAGCUCCAACAACCACUACACCCGCUCCAACAACCACAACCAACGCACCAACAACCACGACUGCAGCUCCAUCAACCACAACAGCCGCUCCAACAACCACGACAGCCGCACCAACAAUCACAAUUGCAGCUCCAACAACCACGACUACAGCUCCACCAACAACCACGACUGCAGCUCCAUCAACCACAACAACCGCUCCAACAACCAUGACAGCCGCACCAACAACCACAACUGCAGCUCCAACAACCACGACUACAGCUCCACCAACAACCACGAGUGCAGCUCCAACAACCACUACACCCGCUCCAACAACCACAACACCCGCUCCAACAACCACAACUGCAGCCCCAACAUCAACAACCACGACUGCAGCUCCGACAACCACAACACCCUCACCAACAACCACGACUGCAUCUCCAACAACCACAACAGCUGCACCAACUACCACAACUGGAGCUCCAACAACUACAACAGCGGCACCAACAACCACGACUGCAGCUCCAACAACCACAACAGCUGCACCAACCACAACGACUAG